AUUCGCUCAUCUGCUGUUGAAAGGGAAAGUUGAAAACUAACAACACAAUUUGAAUUGCUCGUUUUGAUAUUAUUAUUUUUUGAUUAUUUGAUUUGUGAAAAUGGAUCAAAAUCGUCGAGGUCGCGAAAAUAGUCCGAAUGAGUGCGAGUACAUGGAAAUGGUGCAGCGUCCAAAUAAGUUGCUGCGUCGCAGCGACAACAAGGAGGUCCUGUCGGCCGUCAAAGUUUUGAUGGAGAAGCUGAGCGAUCACAGCACCGUGUCGAUUCAGCAGCGCAUCGAGGAUUUGAGCCGGUUUGUUGGAGAUCAGUUUGAUGUCUGCAGGAAGGAAAUCAUUCCCAUUCUGAUCGAGUGCAUCGACAAACGUCCGAUGCAGAGCGCCACCUAUGCAACCUUUAUUGGCCUAAUCAAUGUGCGGCAUUACGAGUUUGGUGGCGAGUGCCUCAAUGGCUUGCACAGGCAGUUGCUCAAAUCGCUGCAGACAGCCCAAUGGAGUCGGGCACUCAGCCUGCUGCUGCUGCUGGCCGAUCUGGUCAAUGCGAAUGUGCUAACAGCCGGCUCCAUGCUGCAGCUACUCGGCACACUGGCCUCUGUCUGCGAGGAGGAGGAGUCACCACAGCAACGACGUGACUUUUAUGGCUAUAUGGUGCUCAGAACGUUGCCGCUGAUUGGACGCGAGCUCUACGAGAAGAAGGAGACGGAAUUGCAGGCACUGCUCAAUCGUCUCCUGCUCUCUGUGAAGAAGCAGCGCAGUGCCACAGUCGGAGUGCGGCUGCUGCUCAUUUGGCGCAACAACAAAAUGCCGCAGCACGAGUAUCUGCAACUGUUGUGGCAACAGAUCCUGCAACUGCAGCGCGACAAUUGGACAGAACAGCACCUGCAGCGUCCCUAUCUCACCUUUGAUGAAACUCUCUGCACAGCCCUGCAACAUCGUCUGCCCGAUUUGGAGUUGCCUCCCGAUGAGCGUGCAUUGAACCUCCCUUACCCCCGUCCCUGGCUCAUCUUUCGCCUCUUCAAGGUGAGCGAUUGUCUGCCAAGCGAACAAAUGCCGGGUGAGCUGGACAUUGGUCGCCAUAUAAUUGAGUUGCACAUUUUGGAGAUACUGGAACUCUGGCACUUGAAUGUCAAGAAUUGUGCCGAUCAGCUGCUUGAAUUUUGCUUGGCAAAGCCAACUGUUGCCAUGGAGCAUUUGAUUGUCGAGGUGCUGGUCGGUGAAAUGCUACGGCUUCCCUGUUCCCUCUAUCUGACCAUCAACUAUGGCAGCAUCAUCAUCGAGCUAUGCAGACUGCGACCGAAUAAGUUCCCUCGUAUUGUCGCCCAUGCCUCGUAUAUUCUCUUCAAGCACUUGGAGUUUAUGAGCGUGUCCAGCAUUGAUUGUUUCGUCAAUUGGUUCUCGCAUCAUCUGAGCAACUUUCGCUUUGAAUGGAUCUGGCAGGAUUGGGAAAGCUGCACAAGAUUGCCCGAUAUGCAUCCCAGCGCAAUGUUUAUCCGUGAACUGCUCAAGAAGUGUUUGCGUCUCAGCUAUUACCAGCGCAUUCUGCAGAUGAUGCCGAAAUCCUUUCAGGCACUUAUGCCUGUAAUCCCAAAUUCCAACUACAAAUACCUGAAUGAGCUGUUGCCUGGCUCCAUGUUGGCCAAAGCACUGCUUGAGGUCAUACGGGCAAAGUGUACGCCCGAGCAACUUGGCGGUCUGAUGGAGGCCACCACGGAGCUGGACGACGAGCUGAAGGUCAAUGUGCUGAUGCAGACGUUUCUUCAUCUGGGCUGCAAAACCUUUACACACAUUAACUCCAUGUUCUCCAAGUUUAAUUCCGUUCUCAAAAUGUUGGCCAGCAGCGAUGCCAACCAGUUGUCCAUGUUGCGUGCCCUCUUCGAGGUGUGGGCCAACAACGAGCAGUACAAAGUCGUUUUGGCCGAUAAACUGAUGAAAAUGCAAGUUGUGAGCACCAAAGUCAUUGUCAACUGGAUCUUUGAUGCCGCACUCAAGCAGGAGUUGGCCAAAAUGUACAUGUGGGAGCUGCUCAAUCUGACCGUAAGAUUCACCAAAACUCAUCUGCGCACCUGCAAAGAGGAUCGCGAGGCGAGCAUGCAAAAUCUACUCGUGCAUAUCGUUGUGAGCUGUGUGCGGGUCCUUUCCGAGCAUCAGGCAACGGUGCAGGAUGUGGACACGGAUUACUGGUACAAUUGGGUUCAGGGUCGCUUCCAGGCACUGCUAUUCAAAUACAUUGAUGAUGUGCGCGCCAUUAGCAGCAAACUACGUCAAAUUGCAUCGGAACUGGAACAUUGCAAAAGAUUGUUAAACAUGAUUGAAGAUUAUUUGGCCUAUAUACAAUAGGAGCGAGUUAACUAAUUAUGCAAUUUAUGUGCCAAAAUAUUAAAUACAAUUUAAACUAUUUUCAUUUGGGUAAAAUAAGC